AAGCAAAGAAAAUAUAAAUGGAAAGUUUGGAUGCAGAGAAGUUUGGUGGAUUCGAUGUAAAUUUUUUACAAGAACUUUCAGACGAUCAUGAGUGCCCUAUAUGUAAAUUGGCUCUUCGUGAACCUAUUUUAACAAAGUGUGGUCAUCGACUCUGUUUGUCAUGUUCAGAAGAAAUGAGAAAAAGAAAAAAUGGAGUUUUAGUUUGCCCAUUAGACAAUACUAAUUUAAAGCCUGAGCAGACUUUUCGCGAUAAAGCUAUUGAAAGAGCCGUUCUGCAAUUAAAAGUUAAAUGUAAUAACUUCUUAAAAAGUUGUCAAUGGACUGGAGAACUAAAAAGAAUUGAUAACCAUUUAGAAACUUGUGAAUAUCAAGAGGUAAAAUGCCUCAAUAAAAAGUGCUCUACUUCUCUUUUGCGUAAAGAGCUGAGUGAUCACAUGGAAACAAAAUGCAUUUAUCGUUUUGUUAAGUGUCAGUAUUGCAAUCAAAAGAUUCGUUUUUGUGAGAAGCAAAAUCACUUGGAAACUUGCGAAUCUCUACCACUUUAUUGUGUAAAUCAAUGUGGCAUGAAAAUUCUGCGUAAAGAGAUGUCAACCCAUAUCACUGAUAGUUGCGCUAAUACAGUUAUUCCUUGCCAAUACUUUUACAUUGGAUGCAAUUUCAAAGUAAAAAAUUAAAUUUAUAGAAUAUAAAAAUGUUUAAAAUUAUCAAACAAAAAAUCAGCAAAAUUUCACAGUGAUAAACU